AUGGCUCCCUCUUCACCCCCUCCCCAAACGCCAUCGAUUCACACGCCCUCGAUUCACCGCCCCUCGCUCGACGAAUCCGACUCGGACGGCUCCCAAGCGACGCUGCAGCAGCAACAACGCCGCUCUCCCCUGCCCGCCUCGAUACUCUCGCCCUCGUCCGCAAAGUCGCCGACAUCAGCAGACUCGCGCGGUGCCGCUGCGCAAAACUACUCGCGUCCAGGCAUUGUGCGCGAUGCAACACAGAGCCAGAGUCACAUUGGCGCGCAUCUAGGACACCGCCCCCGCCAGCGCUCCCAGGGUUACUUCGAGCCUAGUCUGAGUUCUAUGAAGGAGGGCUCUAUACGGGACCGAGAUAAUACCAUGGCGUCGCAGACCCAUCUUACCGCCUCGCAGAUCGCAGCUCAGGCCGCAUAUGCCUCGAACCCCCAACACAACCGCAAGCGUUCUACCACGAUACCUGCUCCGAAUGAAGCUGUGCCUGCGGGACGGGGCCAGCCGAUGAGUCCGCCGCCUGUGCCGGCGCAGGUCACGUUUAGGACGAAUGGCAUUACGUAUUCGAAUGGAGUUGGGGGAGGCAGGAUGGCCGCGACGAGCGCUGCGAACGCGGCUUUUCCACGGAGUCCGCUGAACUCGCCUGGUAUUGAGGGGACACAACAACCACACGCGUCGCCUAAACUAGUGUCGACGCCUGAGCCGCUCCAGCUGCAGAAGCCGAAGGAGGGGAAGAGCAGGAUAGGCGGGAAGCUGUUCUCGUCCAAGCCGAAGAACAUCAAGGUGGACAACCGGCUAGAUGGCAAGCACCAGGCUUUGCCGUCGCCGGGCAAGAUUGGCAUUGGCAUCCAUAGCUCGCAGGCGCUGAAUCGCAUGAUGAUGGCGGGGUCGACGACGAGCUUGGUUGAUUCCGGGACGAAUAGCAGUAAUGCUUCGUUGUACUCUUCUGCCAACGCGUCGACAUCUACGCUCGUACCUCCACGGAAUGAUUCUCUUCCGGAGAGGAAAGAAGAGAAGCAUAAACACCACUUUUUGUCACGGCAGAAGAACAAGUUGAAAGACCAAGAUGGAUUCGCUCUGCCUUUAUCAUCCGCCAGCAGUAAUUCCAAACCCACAAAUCCCAGCGCGCCAGAGCCGCUGUAUUCCUUCGCUGCGCCGUCAUCGCCAGGUCAUUCGAGUAGUUUUGCGAAUUCAGUAACCGGCUUGGAUCUCCGGCAUGGUGGACGCCAUCUCCGCCGAGCGAAGAAGGAAGAAAAGGCCGCCGCAUUUCUAGACGCGCAACUCGAACCCCCAUAUCGAGAGCGGAACCAGUCGUUUAGCACCGAGCGAUCAGAAUGGCCGUCCCUAGCCAACAGCAUAACCACAACCCCCAACAUGAGCACGCCCAGCCAGACCAUCUCUCACACAACAGAGAUGCUCCACCUAGGCAGUUCCUUUGGCAUCAAUGGCCUCUCGCCCGACGACGCCUGGCCACUACUAAAAGCAAGAGUGCUCUUGAUUUUUGAAGGAGAAGACCCCCGGCCCCCCGUCGAAGAUUUCAACGCCCUAGUAACCGUCCACAUCAAACGCUGUAUCCACAAACGCUCGCCCAUAAUCCUCAUCGAAGACCUCAACGAACUCCUCCAAACGGGAUUUGGUUCUCUGGAUCAAACACUACGACAUGUCCCUGACGACCGCCUGAUCCCGCACUUGGUGGAAAUGUGGCUCGUAGUCUUUACUACCAUCCUGCCCUUCCUGCAAGCCGUGUUCCUACCCCUAGACCUCGAGUUCAGGGGAAGUGGCAUCAUGACGAGUGUCCAGGCGGGCGAGUUCUGGGGCGUCAUGCUACCCGAUGAGAUGAAUACCAAGAGUCCUGAACAUAGGAACAUACCCAUCUUGGGCGAGCUGGAGGUUAGAAGGAUUACGCUGCUCAUGUUUAGGGAUAUUGUUAUUCUACCGCGGUAUGAAGCUCUCAUGGCCAUCUUCUCACGCCUCAGUUUGGAGAAUCUUAAUGCGGGACUGGAAUCUCCGUCUCCGAUUCCUGAUCAUAGGCCUGGGACUGCGGGGAGUGGGUUUGGUGGUGCGGGGGAAAGGGGCAGUGCAGGAGGGGAGAUGGGUAGUCUCAACUCGACGAGUACGUCGAGUGCGGGCUAUCUGGAAAGCACGACGAGUAUAACGAGUUCGACAUUCGCAAACAGCACACGGUCACGUGCGACAUCCAACACAUCCGCCGGAUCCUUCUCCUCAAACCCGAGUUCCCACCCGCCUCCGCAUUACCACCCUCACCACCCCUCUUCGAACGCCCUCCACCCAACCAUCUCCCACCUGCACCCCCCACCCCCAACAUCGCACAGCAACUUCUCCUCCAACGCCCCCUCCUCCCUCCGCGCAACCCCCAUGGACAGCACCAAAGUCACCGAAACAGUCGGCCGCAUGCUGCAAUGUGUGUCUGUGCUCGUGUCUCUGCAGUCCAGCGAUGAUGCGCAGGAGAAAAUCGGAAGGCUGAAUAAGGAGUUGAAGUAUAAUUGGCUGGGCAGGGGGAGGACGGGACGCCAGAGACAGGGGUUUGUUGGGCCGAGGGGAGGGAAGAGUUUGGGGUUGGGGAUGGGGAUGGGGAAUGACACGUUUAUGGGUUGCGUGUGUAGACCGCGCCGGCGUUUUAUGUCUUUUCCUUCCUUGUUUUUCUUUCUUUCUGGGUUAUACGUUGUAGGAUGUAGGAUUUCGAUUACAUAUCUCACUGGAUAUGGGAGUGACGUCACUCGCAACAACGCUCAAACUACUGUCGCCACCAUGCCCACAGCAGUAAUAACAGGCGCAAACUCCGGCAUCGGCCAUGCGCUCGCCAAGAUCCUUCUGAACGAAGGCUACGAUGUAAUUGCAACAGAUCAAACCCUCGGUCCUGCCAUAAGAUCCCUUUCCUGCCCCGUACAACAGCUCGACAUCACCUCCCCAGACUCAAUCAAUGGGUGUGCGACUGCUAUUGGCGCAGACACAUCAAUCGACCUCCUCCUCCACGUCGCCGGCAUCAUGGAAAGACCUGAAGAAGAUACACUCCACACAGUCGACAUGUCAAAACUGCAGAAAACCUUCGCGGUGAACACUUUCGGACCACUUUUAUUAACGCAAGCCCUCUUACCCAACAUUCUCAAAUCUCCCUCCCCCAAGAUCGGCGUAGUAUCAAGCCGCGUGGGCAGUAUGGCAGACAAUACCUCCGGGGGCCAGUACGCGUACCGCGCUAGUAAAGCGGGCGUGAAUAGUUUGUUCAAGAGUAUGAGUGUGGAUUUGAAAGAGCAGGGUGUGACUGUUCUGGUGCUGCAUCCGGGGAUUGUCAAGACGAAUCUAGAUCCGAGGCAUAACGAAGGAGAGGAUGUGCCGGGAGCGGUGGAGCCGGAUGAGGCGGCGAGGGGGCUGUGGGAUGUGUUGAGUACGAAGGGGAUGGCGGAUACGGGGAGAUUUUUUCAUAGGACUGGGGAGGAGUUGCCUUGGUAG